GUAGACGCACGCGCGUGUCUCGGGCGCUGGAACGGAGCCACCCGGAGCGCGUCUUCAGCUGGAUGACACAGGCGGCCUUGAGGAGAGCGGAAGGCAGCCCCUUGACGCCACUCUGAGAGGAGCCCUGGCGAUAAGGCCGCGCCCUCGCUCUACUCGACGGCGCUCCGCUCGGGCACCUUCGGCGCGGAGUUGUGAUCCGCCACGGUUGCUGGCGGCGUGCACAGUGAGUGUCCGCGCGCGCGAUGCCAAAGUCAGUGCCAGCCCUCGCUCUGGCCGCGAUGUUGGCCGUGGGCCACUGCUGGACAGUGGGGACCGGCUAUCGCGCCGAUAUGGGGAUGCAGCUUGUCAACGGUUCGUGCCUUUUCGAGAACAUCACCAUUCCAGCCGGCGAGAGCCUACGCCAGGAAUCUCCCUGCCGGAGGGUCACCUGUAUCGAGCACCACAAAGCGGUCUUCAUUCAAGAGUGCACGACAUAUUACUGCCCGUCAGCCAACUGCCGCAUGGAGUCCCAGGAAGGCCUCUACCCGACCUGCUGCCCGAGGCCUGUUUAUGUCGAGAACUGAGCGCCUACUAAGCGAAAAUCAUCGACAUUGGCAUCACUGCAGUGCAGCUACAGGGCCAGCACGUUAUUCAUGUCUAGUGACGGUCAUUGCAAACGCCUGUUGUCAUUGCUAUUCCUGAUGUCGUUAGCAUCAUUCUUCUUCUCAGAUAAUUCAUACCAUGUAGUAUAUUCUAGUGCCUACGGCAACUAUUCUCACAUUAAACGGGUUAAGAAUAUAGCUAGAUGUCUCAUAUCCCAUAUCACUCUCCUUUCUCUCUCUGCCUUCCCUCUCUCUCUCUCUCUUUCGGAUUUCAAUAUCGCUUGAAAACCUAUCUGAAGUCAAACGAUGACGGAAGCUCGCCCCAAAUUAUCCUUUUGUCCCCAUUAAAAACGUCCUCCUUUAUUUACUCAAGUCUCUAUUCACUGUUGGUAGAAAAUAAAUGAAAACUAUCAAAUAAAGACAAUUGUUUUUUUUC